AUGAAGUCUAUGCAGAUACUCGCGCCCGCCGCUGGGCUCUUCGCCGUCGCCAAUGCCUGGGGGACUGACGUCCACACUUCCUACACCACGAUCGUCACUACGGCCUACGAGACGUACUGCCCUACCCCCAAGCCCCCUCACCCAACCUACCACAACACCACCAUCCUCACCCACACCCCUCAGCCUCCUCACACCCACUCCCCCAAGCCCCCUCACCACAACGGCACCACCUCCACGACCGUCAUCGUCGUCACCCCUCCCGCGGAGACGACCAUCGCCGGCGUAACCCCCGUCGCGCCGCCCCAGCUCACCACCACGAAGCCAGACUCCCCGCCAACAAACACCCCCGUAGGCCCCACGACUACGCGCCCCGUCACCGUUCCCGGCAGCGGAGCGGAGCAUCUCGGCGCCGGCCUCGGCGCGGUCGCUCUCGCGGGUCUCUUUGCUCUGCUCAUCUAA